AUGAAUAGUUCCAGCAUCCUCACCAAGUUGGGAAAGAAGAUGCAGAAGCUAGCUUCUAUCAACAGGAAGAGCAACUCACUGCCACGAACAACAUGGAAUGAUGAAAGAACAUCUGUGCUUGCUGACAAGGGUCAUUUGGUUGUCCACACAAUUGAUCAAAAGCGCUUCUUAGUUCCAUUAGUAUAUCUUAACAGUGGGAUUCUUAGAGCGCUAUUUGAAUUAUCUAAAGAUGAGUUUGGGCUGCCAAGUGAUGGACCAAUCACAUUACCAUGCGAAGCAUUUUUCAUGGAGUACAUACUCGUGUUAAUCCGACGAGGAGCAGAUAAAAACCUGGAGAAACCUUUGCUCAUGUCAAUUUCCACAUGCUGUGCCUUAUCAUAUUCUCUCCUGAAUGAAGAACCAACAAUCCCGCAACUCCAUGUCAAUACUGAUCAAUGUGCAUAUUGA